UGGAGAAGAUCCAGAAAGCCAAACUCCGACCAGACAAAGCGAAAUGCCUCAGAGAUUUCACAGACUCUUGGAGAAAAUUCCAUACAGCGCUUCAUAAAGACAACCCUAAGACUACAGACUCAUUUUACCCAGCCAUGCGCCUUAUUGUUCCACCAUAUGAAAGGGAAAGGAUGGCAUAUGGAAUAAAAGAGAGUAUGUUAGCUAAGCUCUACAUCGAUGCCUUGGGUCUCCCCAAAAAUGGUCCUGAAGCAAAUAAACUUCUAAACUACAGAACUCCCACUACACCCCAAGGGGAAGCAGGAGACUUUGCCCUUAUGGCAUACUUUGUUGUUAAAAAACGAUGCACAGACCAGAGUAGUUUAACCAUCAAAGACGUCAAUGACUUUUUGGAUUCGGUAGCCAGAAACAACGCCAGUAAGCAGAAGGAUCAUGUGAAGAAAGACCUCUUGAAUGUGAUCACGCACAGUUCGGCUGUGGAGCAGAAGUGGCUCAUUCGUAUGAUCCUGAAGGAUAUGAAGUUAGGUGUAAGCAAAGACACUGUGCUUCAGGUGUUCCAUCCAGAUGCUGCAGAACUCUACACUGUCACCACCGACCUGGAAAAGGUUUGCAGACAGCUGCAUGACCCCUCUGUUUCCCUCAAUGAGGUGUCCAUUGGACUCUUUUCAGCUUUCAAACCCAUGUUGGCUGCUGGUGCCAAGAUCAUGCAGGUGGAGAAACAGAUGGGGAACCAGUUCUUCUACAUCGAGACUAAACUGGAUGGUGAACGAAUUCAGCUUCACAAGGAUGGCGAUGUGUAUAAGUACUACUCACGCAACUCCUAUGAUUACACACAGCAGUUUGGGGGUUCACCACUAGAGGGCUCCCUCACCCCAUACAUUCACAAUGUCUUUAAACCUCAUGUAGUGAACUGUAUCUUGGAUGGUGAGAUGAUGGCCUUUAACCCUGACACUGAGACUUUCAUGCAGAAAGGUAGCAGGUUUGACAUCAAGAGGUUGAUGGACGACUCAGAGCUGCAGACAUGCUUCUGUGUGUUUGAUGUUUUGUUGGUUAAUAACCAGAAGCUUGGGAACCAGCCUCUAAAGAAGCGAUAUGAAACCAUACAAACUAUCUUCACACCCGUUAAAGGAAGGAUACAGCUGGUGCCUAAAGCGGAAGCGAGAACAACGCAGGAUGUGGUGAAUGCUCUCAAUGAAGCCAUUGACAAUCGAGAAGAAGGGAUCAUGGUUAAAGACCCUAUGGGUAUCUACAAACCAGAUAAACGAGGAGAGGGUUGGCUGAAGAUUAAGCCGGAGUAUGUGGAUGGUUUGAUGGAUGAACUGGACCUGUUAAUAGUGGGUGGUUACUGGGGGAAAGGCAGGCGCGGCGGAAUGAUGUCUCAUUUCCUCUGCGCGGUGGCGGAAACUCCGGGUCCCGGACAGAAGCCCGCCGUGUUCCACACCGUCUGCCGUAUUGGGUCCGGCUACACCAUGAAAGAGCUUUACGAUCUGGGGUUGAAGCUGGCCAAGCACUGGAAGGUGUACCGCAAGAAUGACCCGCCGGCGGCCAUCCUGUGCGGCACAGAGAAACCGGAGGUGUACAUCGAGCCGCGCAACUCGGUCAUCAUCCAGGUCAAAGCGGCGGAAAUAGUAUCGAGCGAUAUGUACAAGACAAACUGCACUUUGCGUUUUCCGAGGAUCGAGAGGAUCAGGGAGGACAAAGAAUGGUACCAAUGCAUGACCCUGGACGAGUUGAAUCAGUUCCGGGGUAAGGCCUCUGGAAAGCUGGCUUCCAGACAUUUUGAUAUCCAGCAGGAGCAGCCGGACAAGAAGAAACGUAAGCUGAUGGCGAAGCCCAAGAAGACGGUCGGCAUCGUCGACCACUUCAAGUCGCAGGAUCUGUCUGCCAUCGCCAAGGAGACAAACAUAUUUGAGGACGUGGAGUUCUGCGUGAUGAACGGAAACGACCGGUGCUCCAAGGCGGAGCUGGAAAAAGGCGUAGCCCGCUUGGGUGGCAUCGUGGUACAGAACCCCGGAAAGGACACGUACUGUGUAAUCGCCGGGGUGGAGAACACAAGAGUGAGGAACCUCAUCAAGUCUGACCAGCAUGACGUGGUGUGGGCCACCUGGCUGCUGGAGUGCCUUGAGAAGAUGGAGUUUGUUCCCUGGCAGCCACGGCACAUGAUCCACAUGUCGCCCUCAACUCGAGAUCACUUCGCCAAAGAGUAUGACCAAUAUGGCGAUAGCUACUGUGUGGACACCGAGGAGCAGCAUUUGAAGGAGAUUUUUGGACGAAUGGCCAACGUUGAAGCAGAAGUACCUUCUCUGGCACAGAUUGAAGCCAGAUAUGCUUGGGACGAUCUGCCCACCAGCAUGUUUAGACCCUACAGGGCGUACUUCGAUCGGUUUGCCAACGUUGAGUCCCCAGACACCGUCGUCCGAGGGACGUGUUUGGACACUCGAGCGCUAGAGUUCCGCUUUCACGGCGGUACCGUGGUGGACAAGGUGGAGGAAGGGAUCUCUCAUGUUAUAGUUGAGAACGAAACGAGAAUACUGGACUUGAGGUUUCUCAGGCGACUCUUUACCAAAAAGUUUAAAAUAGUUCGAGAGUCAUGGGUGACGGACUCGAUCAGUGCGGGACAUUUGGAGAAUGACAGUGAAUACCUUGUGUGA